AUGUAUGGCUUGUACAAGCGUAUGAAGUCGUCCAGCUGGGAUUGGGAAAACAGCCAGCUUCUGAAGCAGAUCGCACAGUUCCAGCUGGUGCUACAUGUGCGUGAGGAGUGCAGUGUGGGCCCCGUGGGCCUGUGCUACUACGUGCUGGGCCUUGUGCACAAGCUGUGGACGCCUAUCCCUCAGACCAUGAAGGACUACAUCGCCUCGCCCAAGGCAGGCUGGCGCAAGGGCCUGCACACAACCUUGUGGCCAGUGGGCUCUCGCCUUGUGACCCCCAUUGAAGUGCACAUCCAGACGGUGGACAUGUACCAGGCUGACUUCAGUGACAUGAGCUCCCGGCUGAACAUGUGGCUGAAAAAUGGCAAGGCAGAUGAGCUGGGGGCUCUCAACGGACUUGGAAAUCUGGGCUCAUCCAUCGAUGGGCUGGCUGGUUUGAAUGGCCUGAGCAUGGAGGCACCGUUGAAUGGCAAUGGGAAUGGGAAUGGCAACGGGGCAGCACUGACGUCAGAGGUGCAGGAGGUGCUGCGUCAGAGCUCAUUGGUGAUCAAAGAGGACAGCUUCACAAAGUACAAGACAUGGCUGCAGUCCCUGAAGGCUUGGCAGGAUGAGGUGGGGGGAAAGAUGUCAGCACGGGACUUUGUGGAGUGCGUGACAGAAGACUUCUUGGUGCAGAGCGUGUAUGUGUUGACGCCUGCUGGAGAAGUGGUCCAGCUGCCUAAGGGUGCGACUGUGCUAGAUUUUGCCUACCACGUACACACCGAUGUUGGCAAUCGGGCGAUGGCAGCAAAGGUCGAUGGCAUCUUUGUCAACCCUGACCACCAGCUGAAGAAUGCCCAGGUGGUUGAGAUUUUCACACUGGACAGUUGGCAACCCGACGCAGCACUGCUGUCUGUACUCAGGUCGAGGGUGCCAAUGUUGCAGACGAAAAGCGCCAAGAAGAAGCUGAAGUUGUUCCUGAAGAAAUAUGAAGCCGAACUACAGGACACUGAUGCUGAGGACAGCAGUUCUGUGGAUGAUGCUGCAAAGCGGAGCACCCUGUGGCUUGUGCUGGAGUGUCAGGACAAGCCUGGCAUGUUGGCUGCAGUUUCGGCCGUGAUCGCAAAGCAUGGACUGAAUGUCACGAAAUUUUGGGGCUUUCCAAGUCGGCAAGACAAGGGCGUCUAUGUGAUGCGCUACAACCUUGGCAAACCAGACCAAGAUGUACAGGCACUGUACACUGCCUUUGAGGAUGAUCCAAGUGUCAGUGACUGGGCAGCUGGCUGCACGCUACCAGCACCAGACAAGAAGAAGAGCAGUUGGUGA